UCCAGUCACAGUUUUUAUCAAUUUAUUCCUGCAUAGCAGUGAUUGAAAAACAAAACCCUAAAGGGGUUCUGUGUAAGAACAAUUCGCCGCCAGGAUGAUUUACUAGGAUAUAAUUGAAGGAAAAAAAUUAUAAACCUCUCUCUGCUACCUGCUCUCUCUCUCGCUCACAUCUUUGCCCACUUACAUUUUUUUCCCUUUUUUCUAUUUUAUUGAAAUUCAAUGGGAAAGAAUACAUUUUGUGGUUGAUCCUGGAGGUUUGAGGUUAAAGCUUUAAUUUUUAGGUUUUUGAUCCUAGGAUGGUUGGUUUUUUAUUACUAAAGUCUUGGUCUUUAUGAAUUUUUUAGGGUUUGUGGCUGUUGGUAUUGUUAAUUUAUAUUUCUUUGUGGAAUGACUGAGUAAGUAAUUGUGGGAUUUUGGGUUUGUGAAACAAAAUGUUAUCUGAAUUGAGUAGGAGGCCGACGCUCAGAAACAAUGAAAAUUCUUUUGGAGAUGAGUUGGAGAAGGACAUAGGAUUGCUGCUUCGUGAACAGCGGAGCCAGGAGGCUGAUGAUCUAGAGAAGGAGCUGAAUUUGUACAGGAGCGGGUCUGCUCCACCUACUGUUGAGGGUUCCCUGAAUGCUGUGGGUGGGUUGUUCAACCACGGUGGCGGCGGCAACAGUGGUGGCUCAGCCUUUGCUGAGUUUAUUACGAACAAAAAUGGGAACGGGUUUAUUUCUGACGAAGAUCUUAGGUCUGAUCCUGCAUAUUCCUCUUACUAUUAUUCAAACGUCAAUUUGAACCCAAGGCUACCGCCCCCUUUAAUGUCAAGGGAGGAUUGGCGGUUUGCACAGAGACUGCAAGGAGGGAAUUCUGCAAUCGGGGAUAGGAGGAAGGUGAAUAAUCAGAGUGAUGGUGGUGAUGGGGGGACAUCACUUUUUUCAAUGCCACCAGGGUUCAAUUCGAAGAAUCAGGAGACUGAUAAUCAGGCUGAUAAAGUGCAGGGUUCUGUGCAAUGGGGUGGUGAUGGACUCAUUGGUUUGCCUGGACUGGGACUAGGCAGUAAGCAGAAGAGUCUAGCUGAAAUAUUUCAGGAUGACAUGAACCAUGCUAAUCCUAUAUCUACACAUCCUUCACGCCCAGCAAGUCGAAAUGCUUUUAAUGAGAAUGCUGAUCCUAUGAGUUUGGCUAAGACAGAGCUGGCUCAUGCACUCCAUGAUUUGACAUCUCCAGACCCUAUACGCUCUACUUCCAAUAUCCAGGGCUCAUCUGCUACGCAACAUGUUGGACCACCUGCAUCAUAUUCUUAUGCUGCUGCACUGGGUGCUUCCUUGUCAAGAAGCUCGACUCCUGAUCCUCAACAUAUUGCACGGGUUCCUAGUCCUUGUCCUACUCCCAUUGGAGGAGGCAGGAUGGGUGCUUCAGGGAAGAGAAAUGUUAACAGUCCCAACUCCUUCAAUGGCGUUUCAUCUCACACAAAUGAGUCUACAGAUCUUGCAGCUUCUUUGUCAGGCUUGAAUAUUUCAAAUGGUGUUAUGCAUGAGGAGAAUCAUUUGCAAUCUCAGAUUGAACAGGGCGUUGAUGACCAUAAGAAUUAUCUAUUCAAUUUUCCAGGUGGUCAGAAUAACACAAAUCACCAAACAUACAUUAAGAAAUCUGAUGCUGGGCAGUUCAAUAUGCCUUACGUUUCCCAGUCGUUAAAUAUGAUGGUUUCUGAAUCUGGUGUAAGCAAUGGCGGUGGCUCAGAUCUUAGCAACUCUUCCCUUCCUUCUGAGCUUCGCAAAACUGUUCCUUCUAAUAGCUCAUACCUGAAAGGAUCUUCAAUCUCUGCCAUUAAUGGUGGGGGUGGCGUAUUUUCUCAAUAUCAGCAUUCACAUAGUCCACAUAGUCCAAAUCAGCACUUAUAUAGUCCAAAUCUAUCGUUCUCUAGUUAUGGUUUAAGUGGCUACCCCACAAGUCCAAUAUCAAGCCAACUUGGCAAUUCGAAUUUGCCUCCUUUGUUUGAGAACGCUGUUGCUGCAUCUGCUAUGGCUGUACCAGGGAUGGACUCUAUGAUGUUGGGGGGAUCAAAUCUAGGUGCUGUUGCCUAUGAACAGAACCUCAGUCGGAUGGGAAAUCAGAUGUCAACGAAUAUGUUGCAGGCACCUCUUGUUGACCCUUUGUAUCUUCAGUACAUGAAUGCUGCAUCACAGGUUGCAGCUCCUAACGAUCCUUCUGUUGAUAUGAACUACUUGGGUAAUUCGUACAUGGGCUUACUUCAGAAAGCUUAUCUUGGUUCUCUGUUAUCUCCACAGAAAUCACAGUAUGGUGUGAACUUGGGUAGCAAGAAUAGUUAUUCUAGUCCUCAUGGUUACUACGGCAAUCCUGCGUUUGGCGUUGGCUUGUCAUAUCCUGGAAGUCCCCUAGCAAAUCCUGCACUUCCAAAUUCACCUAUGGGGCCUGGCAGCCCCAUGGGGCAUGGUGAAUUCAACAUGAGAUACCCUGGUGGGAUGAGAAACAUAGCUGGGGGAGUCAUGAGACCUUACAUGGAGAACACCUUUGCUUCAUCUCUGCUGGAGGAGUUUAAGAGUAAUAAAACCAAAUUUUUUGAACUUUCUGACAUUGCUGGUCAUGUUGUCGAGUUCAGUGCGGAUCAAUAUGGAAGCCGAUUCAUUCAACAAAAACUUGAGACUGCCACAGUAGAGGAGAAGAACAUGGUUUUUCAGGAAAUUUUUCCUCAGGCUCUUACUUUGAUGACGGAUGUGUUUGGAAAUUAUGUAAUCCAGAAGUUUUUUGAACAUGGAAUGGCAUCUCAGAGAAGAGAGUUGGCUAGUGAACUUUUUGGACAUGUACUUACACUGACUCUCCAAAUGUAUGGUUGUCGGGUGAUUCAAAAGGCAAUAGAAGUUGUUGAUUUAGAUCAGAAGAUCAAAAUGGUAGAAGAACUUGAUGGUCGUAUCACGCGUUGCGUUCGUGAUCAAAAUGGGAACCAUGUGAUACAAAAAUGCAUUGAAUGUGUACCGGAGGAGCAUAUUCAGUUCAUUAUCUCAACAUUUUUUGACCAAGUCGUGACUCUCUCCACUCAUCCAUAUGGUUGCCGUGUAAUACAGAGAGUACUUGAACACUGUAUGGACCCAAAAACCCAGAGCAAAGUGAUGGAAGAGAUUCUGGGGUCUGUAAGCAUGUUGGCACAGGAUCAGUAUGGCAAUUAUGUCAUUCAGCAUGUACUGGAGCAUGGAAAACCUAAUGAGCGUACUGCAAUAAUUCAAGAAUUAGCUGGAAAUAUAGUUCAAAUGAGCCAGCAGAAGUUUGCUUCUAAUGUUGUGGAGAAGUGUUUAGCUUUUGGUGAUCCAAGUGAACAUCAACUCUUGGUAAACGAGAUGCUUGGAACAACUGAUGAGAAUGAGCCCCUUCAGGCUAUGAUGAAAGAUCAAUUUGCUAAUUACGUUGUACAGAAAGUGCUUGAAACUUGUAGCGAUCAGCAGCGUGAACUGAUCCUCUCAAGAAUAAAAGUUCAUUUGAAUGCACUGAAGAAGUACACAUAUGGGAAACAUAUCGUAGCUCGAGUAGAGAAACUUGUCACUGCUGGUGAGAGGAGAAUCGCUGCUCAGUCCCCAUAUCCCGCUUAGAUGCUGUAGGAAAGGAAGUAGUUGUACAGCUAACUGAGGCUAGUUUGAGCUACCUCUCGUCCUCUUCUUCCAACUUUGCUGCUCUGUCUUGUACCUAUCUUUCAUGAAGGUGCGAGCUAAUUGCAAAUAAAGAAGUUUCCUGUAUUAAAAACUUGUACAUUGUGUAGUUCUAAGUUUAUACAUAGAGUCUAGUAAGCUGAGGCUCAAAGGUCAAAUGCUCCUGAUGCCCGCGCAGUGGAAUUAUAUGACGGUAAAAUUUCUAAGGGUGUAAACAUGAUAAAAGUCGGGAUAGUUUAUAUUGCGACGUGACUGUAUAAAUUAUGCCAUGUUACAAGUUUUUUUUUUUGAGGCGAGGCCAAGAAUCAUCAUAUUUGAUAAUUUUCUCA